AUGUACAAGAUUGAAACCCUUCUUCAGGUUAGGCUAGUGGGUCUGAUGGAUGUGGGUGUUCCAAUUGAUAAAACUGAUCUUGAGGCCUCAGAUACUUCUUUCUUCCAGGGUUUUCACAUUCCUACUAAAAUUAACAAAGAUACCGUUGAAAUCAUAAACCCUAUUAAGUUCACUAAGAAUGCGGAAAUUGGUUUGGUCCUGGAGAAGUAUAAGGAUAGCAUGAUCAUUUUGUUUAUGGAUAUGCAAUUAAAAGUUGAUGGGGUUGGUCUUUUGAGGAAGGAAGUGGAGAUGCAGGAAGAAGCUCUGAACAAUUCUUCUAAAACUAACUAUAAGCUUGAGUGGGCAACACGCAAGCAUCAACAUGAACUGGAGAGAACCAUUGCAAAUUUGAGGGUUGCUGUAAUGGAGACUAAGGAGUAUGGACUGGGCUCUAUUGAAAUCGGAUGUGUCAUGGCUUACAAUCGCCAUACAAAUAACUGCUAUGCUAGCAUGGCCAGUCAUCAAGGAGGAAGCGUUCGUUUUCCUAGUAUGCCCAGUCAUGUGGUGAACUACAUUUCACAUGAUGAUGAGAUGGUGAGUAGUACAUGGGAUCAAUUGGGAUACACAAAGAAGCGUUCAAUGAGUAUGAGGUUUCACACUUGGUUCCAUGAAAAGUAA